CCCCAGCGCCCCACCCCUGGAGUGUGUGUGUGUGUGUGUGAGAGAUAUCUUUGAGGAAGAGAAAGCACCGUGGCAGUGGAGCGAGCUGCAUACACACACAUACGCACAUACACACACUGAGUUAUGGCUGUGCACGGAGGGAGAGCGUUGCCGUUGCUGCUGCUGAAAUUCACGCGCGGAGGAAAGGCGCGUUUGUGGCACGAGCUUAGCCCGGUAUCGGCACUGCUCAGUCGCGCGAGAUCUCUCUCCAAUGCUGCCCCGAGCUCGCUCCUGGCCGGUAAAACCCACGCGGAGCUGCGCGAGCUCUCAGCACGGGAACCGGAGCGCUUCUGGGACUGUGCUGCGCGCGAGAGGAUCACAUGGACACGGGGUUUCGAGCGCGUGCAGGACUGCGAUCUGAAGCGCGGGAAGAUCAGCUGGUUUCUCGGUGGACAACUAAACGUUUCCGUAAACUGUCUGGAUGUGCACGUGGUUAAAGAUCCGAAUCGAGUGGCUCUGAUCUGGGAGAGAGAUGAACCGGGGACGGAGGAGAGAGUCACGUACAGAGAGCUGCUGGAGAUGACCUGCCGGUUAGCAAACACGCUAAAGAGCCAUGGUGUGAGGAAAGGAGACCGCGUGGCCAUCUACAUGCCCGUGUGUCCGAUGGCGGUGGCGACCAUGUUGGCGUGCGCGAGGAUCGGAGCUGUUCACACUGUAGUGUUUGCUGGAUUCAGCUCCGACGCUCUGGCAGGCAGGAUUCAGGAUGCUGAGUGUAAGGUGGUGAUCACGUGUGAUCAGGGUGUGAGAGGUGGACGUGUGAUCAAUCUGAAGGCCACGGUGGACGUGGCAGUGAAGUCCUGUCCCUCAGUGAAGAGUGUCCUCGUGGCUCAGAGAACCAAUCACAGUGUGCCGAUGGGGGAACUGGACACGCCCCUGGAGGAGGCGAUGGCGAGGGAGUCGUGUGUGUGUCCUCCGGAGCCCAUGGACAGUGAGGACAUGUUGUUUCUGCUCUACACGUCGGGCAGCACGGGGAAACCUAAAGGCAUCAUACACACUCAGGCUGGAUACCUGCUGUACACGGGUCUCACACACCAGUACGUGUUUGAUCACAGCCCCGGUGAUGUGUUCGGUUGUGUAGCUGAUAUCGGGUGGAUCACCGGUCACAGCUACGUGGUGUACGGACCUCUUGCUAAUGGAGCAACUACUGUACUGUUUGAGAGCACACCUGUGUAUCCAGAUCCAGGUCGGUACUGGGAGACAGUACAACGGUUGAGGAUUAAUCAGUUUUAUGCUGCUCCCACGGCUCUCAGGCUGCUGCUGAAGUACGAGGAGGGCUGGGUGAAGAAGUAUGACCGCUCGUCACUCAGAACCCUCGGCUCAGUUGGAGAACCCAUUAAUCAUGAGGCGUGGGAUUGGUUCUACAAGGUGGUGGGGGAAGGACGAUGCCCUCUAGUGGACACGUGGUGGCAGACAGAGACGGGCGGAGUGUGUAUCGCACCACGGCCUGCAGAACCCGGCGCUGAAAUACGACCUGCCAUGGCCAUGAGGCCUUUCUUUGGCAUUCAGCCUGCAUUAAUGGACGAAAAGGGCCGAGUCCUGACAGGAAAUGAUGUCACUGGUGCUCUGUGUAUCGGCAAACCGUGGCCCGGAAUGGCCAGAAGCAUUUUUGGAGAUCAUCAGAGAUUUGUAGAUGCAUACUUUAAACCUUAUCCUGGUUAUUAUUUUACGGGUGAUGGCGCGCACCGGACAGCAGACGGAUAUUACCAGAUCACCGGACGGAUGGAUGAUGUCAUCAACAUCAGCGGCCAUCGCCUGGGUACAGCGGAGAUCGAGGAUGCCCUGGCCGAGCACCCGGAUGUUCCCGAGGCUGCCGUCGUCGGAAUUUUUCACGACGUUAAAGGAGAAGUUCCGUUUGCGUUUGUGGUUCUAAAGGAGAAUGGGUUGAAGAACCAGGAGGACGUGGUGAAGGAACUGAGACAGAUGGUGGCCAAAAGCAUCGCCAAAUACGCCGUGCCUGACCACUUCCUGGUGGUGAAGCGUCUCCCGAAGACUCGCUCGGGAAAGAUCAUGAGGAGAAUUCUCCGGAAGGUGGCGAUGGGGCAGGUGGACAGGCUCGGGGACGUCUCCACGCUGGAUGACCCCUCUGUAGUGACCGAGCUCAUCGAUACUUAUCAGAGCUACAGGAACCGAGCGGCGACGGCGUGACAUCACAGGGCGGGGGGAGGUGGGCUUUUGACAGGAAGUUCAUCUGACAGACAGGAAGUGAGGGAGAUGGUAAAGAUGUGGUAGAGUUUAUGUUUGUAAUAACACUUUAAUGACGUGUAUGAUAUCCAUUCUUCAUGGAUACGGGUCAUAUCACAAAUCCAGCAUUAAACCCCGAAACUAACUCUCUCACACACACACACACUCACUCACACACACACUCACACACACUUCCUCAGUGUGUUAAUCAUCAUCUUAUACGAGGGAAGAAUUAUGGAAUCGUUUGUGUGUGUGUGUGUGUGUGUGUGUGUGUGUGUCUAAUAUAAAUAUGUGUUGAUAAUCAGACAUCUGAUAGAUCAGAAUAUUUCAGAACCAGGUUACAGAUGAGUUACACUACCUCUGUGUGUGGUUUAGGACGCAGCCGAGGUCAUGACACUGACGCUGUUCAUACUGGAUUUUAUUUUAGAUCAAUUAGAGAACGUAAACUGAAGAAUAAAACCUGUGAUAAUGUUAUAAACUGUGAUAAAAUGGUUAAGUUAAUUACUGUGAUAUCAAAAUAUACAAAAAUAUCAGUGCACAUGAGGCCACGCCCACAGCCACACCCACACAGGUUAGAGCUGUGAGAUAACGAGGCGUGUCGUCAGGUCAAACACUAACGAUAACUCUGACUAAAGCUCUCAUCAGAACUGUGAUCUUAUCACCCUUCAUAAUGCGUCAUAAACUCCACCAGAGCGCUGCGCACUCCUCCAUCUAAACAAUUCUAAAACAUGACGGAGCGCUUCAACUAAACCGAGUCGUAUUUUACUCAGAACGUUUUCCUCGUUAUGAAGUGUUCCUUAAUUUAUUAUCAUAAAAAUACUGAAAUGAACACAAACGUUAAACACUGUUCUGUACUGUGAACAUUCUUAUAAACUCUUUAAAGCCUCGUAAACUCCAGGACAUUUCAGAUUAUAAACUCUAUAAAGCCUCGUACACUCCAGGACAGUUCAGAUUAUACACUGUUUAUAAAACCUCGUAAACUCCAGGACAUUUCAGAUUAUACACUCUAUAAAACCUCGUAAACUCCAGGACAGUUCAGAUUAUAAACUCUAUAAAGCCUCGUAAACUCCAGGACAGUUCAGAUUAUACACUCUAUAAAGCCUCAUAAACUCCAGGACAGUUCAGAUUAUAAACUCUAUAAAGCCUCGUAAACUCCAGGACAGUUCAGAUUAUACACUCUAUAAAGCCUCAUAAACUCCAGGACAGUUCAGAUUAUACACUCUAUAAAGCCUCGUACACUCCAGGACAUUUCAGAUUAUACACUCUAUAAAGCCUCGUAAACUCCAGGACAUUUCAGAUUAUACACUGUUUAUAAAACCUCGUAAACUCCAGGACAUUUCAGAUUAUAAACUCUAUAAAACCUCGUAAACUCCAGGACAGUUCAGAUUAUAAACUCUUUAUAAAACCUCGUAAACUCCAGGACAGUUCAGAUUAUACACUGUAUAUAAAACCUCGUAAACUCCAGGACAUUUCAGAUUAUACACUCUAUAAAACCUCGUACACUCCAGGACAGUUCAGAUUAUAAACUCUUUAUAAAACCUCGUAAACUCCAGGACAGUUCAGAUUAUACACUCUAUAAAGCCUCAUAAACUCCAGGACAGUUCAGAUUAUACACUCUAUAAAGCCUCAUAAACUCCAGGACAUUUCAGAUUAUAAACUCUAUAAAGCCUCAUAAACUCCAGGACAUUUCAGAUUAUACACUCUAUAAAGCCUCAUAAACUCCAGGACAGUUCAGAUUAUACACUCUAUAAAGCCUCGUAAACUCCAGGACAUUUCAGAUUAUAAACUCUAUAAAGCCUCAUAAACUCCAGGACAGUUCAGAUUAUACACUCUAUAAAGCCUCAUAAACUCCAGGACAGUUCAGAUUAUACACUCUCCUCCAUCAGAAGGAGAAAUCCUAAGGAUUGUUAAUAUUAUUUAUAAACAGUUAUAGUGAAAUAAGGAGAAUGAUUACAUUCGUACACAGUUAUAACGUUCACCCGCCGCAGUGGAGGACUUAAGACUUUAAGACGUUGAGACUUCAUUAAGACUUUAUUAUUAGAGUUUAUAAAAACUUUCUGAAGUAUUAGAGAUAAAAUAGAAGUAAAUGAUGUCACAGUUAUAAUGCUUUAUGACCACAGGGUGUAGAGAGAGUUACUGUACUUACGUUAAAUAAGCAAUAAUAAAAUAAACUGCAUUAAUGAAAUAAAUCUGAUUUAUUCUCUUA